CAUUUGUAAACCGACUCUUGUUGGAUCCUUGAAUCAAGGCUACUUGAAGACCUGGAAAUGGACUUCAGACUCGUGGACAUCGAGGGACCUGUGGGAGCUGCCCCGGAGGUGCACCGUGACGCUGCUGGGUUUGUGGACUACGUCGUGGAGCGUCCCGCCAACGGCCUCCCGGAGCUCAUCUGGAUCAUUGAUGAUGACGACCGUGUCGUCGUCUUCAAUGAUUCGGAUGAGUCUUCCGAGGAAGAAGACUCGGAAGACGACUGGAGCACCAGCGAAGACUCCGGCUACGGCAGCCUGGACGAGGAUGAAGAAGACCCGGAGGACGGCGAAGAAGAGGACAUCCGACCUCGCUCCCCCCUGGUCCAGCGGCUCCCCCCUCCUGCUGGUGCUCCAGUCAUCGCUGCUCCCGCUGCUCCCCCACAGGAGGACCUUGCUCUCCACAUCAUCUCCUUCCCAAAGAGGCCCUGGGAGGAGAGCGAUGUGGAGGCACAGGUAGGUACGAAGAGGCAGCGGACCAGUGAAGAGGACAACCAGCAGCCAGGACCAUCUACAUCCGGUGCCACAAACCACAGCGCGUCCGGUCCCUCCACGUCAGGCCUGAGCUCCUCUGUGACCAGUGGAAACUGGUUCAGGCCUUUUUGGAGUCCAGAUGAUAGUGACUCCGAUUAGUCCUGAAACUGGUGGAAGCUCUGAGCAGAGAAGUUCCAGCUGACAGGCAGCUCCCACUUCUUACUGCAGGGAUUG